UUUCAAUUUGGCAUGGCCCCAGGCAAGCCGGCGGCGAAGCGCGGCCCGAAGCGCAAGGUCGAUCCGGCCGAGGCGCCAGCUCCGAAGAAGGCGCGGGCGCCCGCGCGCAAGGGCCCGUCCAAGCGCGCAGCUCUGAACCAGUGCGUCCAGGACAACCUCGGCGAGAUCCAGCAGAUCCAGGACGAACUCGAGCAGUUGGCCAAGGAGCGCGACGCCCUCUGCGGUGGCGAGGCCGUCGUGCUGCGUCUUGUCUCCUAAGAAGCCCUAAAUAAUCGGUCUUUCUUUAUCGCAAA